AUGUCAAACUCUACUGCAUUAAAGGCUCCUUUCCCUGUAACGGCAGCGCUAAGUCCCAUAAUCACCGAUUAUCCAGACCGCGUUCCUGGUCAGCCAAGUGUCUCCCUAGACCAGAAUGAUGUCGAAGAAUUUCUUGCUCAGGAGCUGAACACGCCCAUUCUGGAUGAGCUAUAUCCAAGGCUCUGGCUCGUAGCCAGGAAGUCCGGAGCAAAUAUCGACCCACUUCACCAACAGAAGGUAAAAGGACGAGACAUUGUGCCAGUUGAAAACCCCCAACUACAUCUUGUUUGGGACCACAACAAAUUUUAUAUAAAGCCAUUGCCGGAGUGCUUUCUUAGUCAUGGUUUCUGGACAGUACACCUAUCAUCAUCACAUGAUAGAAAGUCCCCCCAGGCACAUGUGGGUACCAAUAGGCGUUUAGUUGCAUUGGGGUUUGUCCGGUCAUAUGCCCACCUGGUCAGGCAUCACUCGGAUUUUGCACUUGCACACGACUGUCACCUUAUUCCGGAGAAUAUCAAUUGGAAUUCAUGGUGCCAAUUUAUUCAGUACUUUCGGGAUUGUGAGGAUACUCAGGUUGCUAAACGAUACCACUACGGUCAGUUGCGCCUCUCACGGUUGAACUGGGCUAUUCGGCUGUUUCAACCAGCAAGUGCAAGCACGGUCUGGUUCUAUGAGGUACCAUACUGGUCUAUACAGACGUAUUUACAACGAAUCGCCGCCCCUCUGAUAUUUGGAUUUGCCAGCAUAUCACUUGUGCUGUCUUCCAUGCAAGUCCUCCUGUCGUCGUCCACCAACAAUGAGCUUGGACUCUUGAGUGCCUAUGGGACACAAUUAAUGAGCCAGAUCUUCUGGGUUUUCUCUAUUGCCAUAUUGUUUUUAUCUGCCCUUGUCUGGAUUUUACUGUUUGUGAUUCCAACUGCGGUGCUUAUCUGGCAGAUCUCGUGGGGGUUCAAGAAUCGGGGAAAGAAAGUUACCAAGUCCACUACGGGAGUGUAA